UUCCAGGUAUGUGGGCACAUUCAAUGACAGUUCAAGAUUAUCAGGAUCUGAUAGACAGAGGAUGGCGAAGAAGUGGAAAAUGUGUCUACAAGCCUAUCAUGAAUCAAACAUGUUGUCCUCAGUACACAAUAAGGUGCCAGGCUUUGUGCUUCCAGGCUUCCAAAUCUCACAAGAAAGUUCUGAAGAAAAUGUUGAAAUUUAUUUCCAAAGGAGAUGUUUCAAAAGCAGCGAGUGAAGAUGAGCCUAUGGAUUCCCACAUAGAGGAUGCGGUCGUCUGCGAUUUUGCAUACAAAGGUGAAUCUCACAUCAGUCAGUCUGAACUGACUCCUCUGAGUGAGGAUCACACAGAGAGGGUGGAGAGUGAAGAGAAGAACGCAGGAGAAACAAAAGAAGAGGUGAAUGUGCAGAAGGUGGAAUCGGGUUGUCCUCAGAUAUGUACAGAUAAAGACACAGCAGUCCCUGGAGAACCGUCGCGUUCAACUAAAAUUGUUCAUGUGCCACCAAAACCAGGGAAAGGGGCUGAUCUGAGCAAGCCACCGUGUCGAAAAGCAAAGGACAUACGGAAAGAAAGAAAACUGCAGAAACUCCUUCAGAACCAGAUGUGCACACUGGGAGGCUCUCAACUUCAAACAGAAGAUCAAGUUUUCCUCUUGCAAAACUCUAAAUCUAAGACAAACCAACCUAAAACCAUUGAAGACUUCGUUUUUGUUUCUUUACCUGAUGAUGCACAACACAAAUUAGAGGUGAGGUUAGUACCUGUCUCCUUUGAGGAUCCCCAGUUCAAAUCAUCCUUCAACCAAUCAGCCGCUUUAUUUGCCAAGUAUCAGAUGGCUAUACACAAGGAUACACCUUCUGACUGUGGCGAAAAUGAGUUCACAAGAUUCCUCUGUGAUUCUCCUCUGGAGGCAGAGAAUGCACCAAAUGGACCAGAAUGUGGCUAUGGCUCUUUUCACCAGCAGUAUUGGCUGGAUGGGAAGAUAAUUGCUGUUGGUGUAAUUGAUAUCCUGCCCUACUGCGUGUCCUCUGUCUAUCUGUACUAUGAUCCAGACUAUUCUUUUUUAUCUUUGGGAGUCUACUCUGCAUUACGGGAAAUUGCUUUUACUAGGCAACUCCAUGAAAAAGCUCCUGAUCUCUGUUUUUAUUAUAUGGGUUUCUACAUUCAUUCAUGCCCCAAAAUGAGAUACAAGGGUCAGUACAGGCCCUCUGACUUGUUGUGUCCAGAGACGUACGUGUGGACGCCUAUUGAGCGAUGUCUGCCCCUGCUUGAGCACUCAAAAUACUGUCGAUUCAACCAGGACAUGAAAGCAGUUGAUGAAGGUCGUCUUAAGGAACUGGGCAGAGUGAGAGUACUCCACAAGAGAACCAUCAUGCCUUACAGUGUGUAUAAGAAAGGAAGGAAGGGGCCAAGCGACGAAGCCAGCGUUCAGCAAUAUGCAAGUUUGGUUGGACAGACCUGUUCAGAAAGAAUGUUGCUAUUUAGAAGUUGAAAAAUCAUUAAAUGGCAUUUUGAUGGCGCUACAUUUUAUUGCACUGCCACUGGAUGAUAUGUACUAUAGUUUUGUGUUGGUAUGCCUACUCAACUAGCCGUAUGAAAUACAGGUAUAUAUCUAGGCUUGUGUGAAUACAUGGUACUGUGUUUAAAGGUCAACUCCAAUAAAACUUACAAUACAGCAAGGCUUUAGCAAUAUAAGUUUAGAAAAACAUGCUUGCAAUAUAUUUUAAUUAAGUAGUUCUAGCCUUUCUAUGCAUUUUGAAUAAUUCUGAGUAUCUAAGCAAAAUGAGAAACAGGUGUCUUUCUUGUACAGACAAAGGUCGACUAAAUCUAAAUUAACAAUAAUUAAAUUACAAAUGUUUUCAAAUAGCACCUUGAUUAUCUGUUGUUAAAAAUUGCCGUGAAAUUUAUGCCUGCAUUUGUAUGCUCCGAAACUCUUGCAAGAGAAUUGUAAACUUGCUGUUAUUUUCUAAUGUGAAGUCUGGUGUGGUUUUAAUUUUAUUUCAGUAGUAUAUUUAAAAAUAAGAAGAAGUUAUUUUCGCUGCACAUUCUUCAUUUGUUUAAAGCAGUAGGUUAGUGUCAGGUCCUAGUGAAUGUAGGAGUUCAUAGUAGAUUCUCAGUGGCAGGGGAUGCAGUGCUUUGGAAAACUUUCCCCUUUGGAGAUGAAACAGAAUAGUUGCACUAUAAAUAUACCAAAGAUAUGCAGCCAAGUGGCACAGUGGGUUUUUGGUAUAAGCCUUAUCCUUUGCCUAAAAAGAAUGGGUAUUUUAAUGCAUAUCGCUAAUGUGAAAUAGAGCUUGGAAGGUUUAUCCUAUAGCUCUUCGGUGCACAUUUCACAACUAUACUAAAAAAAGACAUGAGGUACCACUGCUGGGUUCUGUUGCAGUUUUUUUUCUGCAGAAUUUUAUGGGGAGACUUCAGUAUCAUAUUCCUGCACUUUGUUACAGACUGUUUUGUUUAUGGUGCAGCAGCUCACAGGUUAACAUCUUUAAUAACAUUUUACUAAAUAAUUCUGUUGGAAACACAGAAAGUUGUGAUGCUUUAUGAAAGCACUUUAUUAUCUGAUACAUGAGCGUUGUCAGUAGUAGUCUGUGUCCCCGUCAAAUCGUACAAGUUAUAGGAAAUCUGGGAAAUAACAUGGUUGUAUAAUUCAGUAAUGUAUUACAAAAUCCUAACAUUACCGAUGCAUUUGUGUUUCUUAUCUUCUUGGAUAACAGGAGCUCGUAUUUGCCUUGAAUCAACUUGAAGUUCCCUGUUAAACUUUGAAGAAAGAUUUUUGUUCAAGAAUAUCUGUCUAGGUGAGGUGUUUUUCCCCAGAAAGGAACCAAAUUCAGUUUUACCCUCUGAGAGGUGCAUCUCCUACCAUGCAUGGGCUUGAUUUAAUUUUAAACGGCCAGUCUUACUAAUCACUGAUUUUUAUGUGGAAGAGACAUAAGAAUUUUGGGAUUCAAGUGCAUUGCAGAUUUCACUUUUUUUUUCAUAUCUGUUUGAUCAUUGUAAUAUUAUUGAUAUAGAGUACAUCUUCAACAGUAAUUUUUAAAAAUAAUUUUAUAUUUUAUUAAUUGGGAUGUAUUGUAUUUAUCUACUCCCAGUCUGCAAUAAAAUCGGUUAUUUCUGUUAACAUUAUAUCUAGUAUGUAUUUAUCUGUUGCCCGGUACCAAGAAGUUUCUAUAUACUAUACAAUCUAGUUUGUCCAUGUCUUAUCUAAGGCUAUUGCCACAGGAGAACCACUAAAUGCUACUUAUGAACAUUAUUAUCAACAGUUCCUUUCUGUGGAGAAAAUACUCUCACCGCUCAGUGAAAUGUCAAAUAGCAUAACAGUUUCUGCCUGCACAAUGUGUUGAAAAGCAGCAAUGCCCAUACGGCUGAAAACCAAAAUAAAUGAGAAAACCUUUUUAUAUGAUAUAAAAUCAGUUUGUGGACACAGAGGAAUUCCAGCAUGACUUGCAAAAUCUUAAAGAUUAUCAAAACCACUUAAUGAUGGCCUCGCAGUGCUCCUGGAGAAGUUAAAGUUUCUGUUAAAUUGCAAGAGAGCAGCCUUACUGUCACCACGGAGAUUUCUUGAAGAGCUCCAUCUUUUUGUGCCCACUAUUUGUUACUGAUUUGCCUUCUAGAUAUGUAUUAGACUUUUAUCUGAUGCUCUGUUUCUCAUGGGGAGCUUUUAAGGACUGCAGUUAAGGAAAAGUGAGAUAAAUAUAAAAUUGAAAAUAGAGUACAGCUUGAUGUUGUGGUUAGUGUGACCACUAAAAGUCAAUGACCAUUUCCUGUGAAUUCUGAAAUGGUGCUUUCACCUUCUGACCUCCACUUGAACUGCAGCACCACGGCAUGCUGGGCUUCUGACUCUUACUGAACUCAAAAAUAUAUAUAUAUAUAUAUAUAUAUAUAUAUAUA